CGGAAAUAUAAUACACGGGACCAACCGACCGACGCAAAGCACACAUGACGACGCCACGGCCGCAUGAGUCCCAGCUCCAGAUCGUGGAUGCGCAUCAAGCGCUUCAAGUGGAUAACGAAUGGUCGUCGGAGCGGCUGGUCUUGCAUGUCAAGAACAUUGUCGGGACGAUCGACGUACAGACACCCUUGGACCUCAAGACGAUAGCCCUGCAUGCACGAAACGCAGAGUACAAUCCCAAGAAAUUUGCCGCGGUCAUCAUGCGGCUCCGCGACCCCAAGACCACAGCACUCAUGUUUUCGUCUGGAAAGAUCGUCAUUACAGGAGCAUCCACAGAGGCGUUCUGCCGGCUCGCGGCAAGGAAAUACUGCAGGGUUUUGCAGAAACUCAACUUUCCAGCCAAGUACAACAUGUUUAAGAUCUGCAACAUCAUGGGGACGAGCGACGUGCGGUUCCCCAUCCGCCUGGAAGGGCUUCUGAACGACCACUCGCGCUUCUGCACAGUACGUCGUGCGCCAUGGGCGGACCUUGACGUCUGUCGGUCAUGUAGUACGAACCCGAGUUGUUUUCCGGGCUCAUCUUCAAAAUGGUGGACCCGAAGUUGACGUUCCUCAUUUUUGUGUCGGGGAAGCUCGUCGUGUGUGGAGCAAAGGUAGGCCUUAGUUGAACGAGGAGUUGGUGGUGCAGUUCAAGAGUAUGUGCAUGCUCGUCUAGGACACGCAUGACAUGCACACCGCGCUGGAGAAGAUGUACCCGUUGCUAUUGGGGUAUCGCAAGAUGGCACCAGCACCGUCGCUGGAGCCCGUGGCCUUUCAAGAGGCUGCAGAUAUAGAUCACCAACAUGGAUAACAUGCGACUGCGUUGUUACCACACCACCGAUCCCCACCCUUGGCGUUCCUGUCCAUAGAGUCCUAGUCCCAUUCCAUGCGUGGGUUUACCCGCCAAAGGUGCUCCUCAUCAUCGCCAUUUCCAUGAUCUUCUCUGUCCUCUCUGCGCAGUCCUUCAGCACACGACCUUGGCGCUCCAGCCGCCGCGCUUCUGGCCGUUACCCGAG